AGAGCGAAGAGAUUGAUAAAAAAAAAAAAUAAAUAAUCUCUCUCACACACACAUAUUACCAGAUCAAUGAAUGAAUCCGACAAGUACGAGAAGCCACAAGGCAAUUGACCUCUCGUGCCCCGCACCACGUGCACAACUGAUCCUCUUUCAUCCUCCUUUCGCUGCACCGGCGCAUGAUCUCCAUGGGAACGUCCUCGCGCAGUAGGAAGUGAACAGGACUAUCUGACAGUGAGCUUGCUCAGCAUGGCAGCAAAGGUAAGCAGCUGAUGAGUUUCCCCACUGCAGUUUCUCACCCUUCAGAAGGGACCAGUCACUUUGCCGGUGAUGUGUGCUGUUUGUCGGGGGUGUCCACGCAAAGGCUCUCGCGUGUCAGGAUGUCUGGCCACAGUGCUCGCUACCUGCCGGGGCUAUAAAAACAAUCAAGCUUCGGACCCUUGUUAGCCUUCCUAAGUUUACAACUCUUGUCACACAUGUUGAUGGAGAUAUGGGAUCCUACAGGCAGUUCUGCCAAGGAGGGCCGACCCCACCGAGUUGAAAGCUAUUUUUGAAAAGUAUGCCAGCAUCAAAAAGAAUGACAACUACUUCAUGUCACCACAGGACUUUGUGGAACGUUUCCUCCAUGCCCACACAGACAUCCGUCUGUCGGACGAAGCCACUAAGCUGCUGGCUGGAGUGGUGGACCAGAAGAAAGAUGGCUUGAUCUCCUUUCAGGAGUUUGUAGCAUUCGAGUCAGUCUUGUGUGCCCCAGACUCCCUCUUCAUGGUUGCCUUCCUGCUGUUUGAUAAAACAGGCAGUGGAAUGACCACUUUUGAGGAUGUGAAACAGGUCUUCAGCCAGACCACCAUCCUUCAGCGCAUCCCCUUCAACUGGGAGUGUGAGUUCAUACGGCUGCACUUUGGUGCACAGAGAAACAAGCAGCUUAACUAUGGCGAGUUCACCCAGUUUCUUCUGGAAAUGCAACUGGAACAUGCGCGGCAGGCUUUCAUUCAGCGGGACCAAGCACACAGCGGCUCCAUCUCAGCGCUGGAUUUCAGGGACAUCAUGGUUACCAUUCGUCCGCACAUGCUCACACCCUUCGUAGAGGAAUGCCUUGUGGCGGUUGCAGGGGGCAGCACUUCUCAUCAGGUCAGCUUCUCCUACUUCAACGGCUUCAACUCGCUGCUCAACAACAUGGAGCUGAUUAGAAAGAUCUACAGCACCCUGGCUGGCCACCGUCGAGAUGUGGAGGUCACUAAAGAGGAGUUCAUUGUGGCAGCUCAGAGGUUCGGCCAGGUGACACCCAUGGAGGUCGACAUCCUCUUUCAGCUAGCUGACCUGUCAGAGCCUCGCGGACGUGUUGGUUUAGUGGACAUUGAAAAGAUUGCGCCAUUGGAGGAAGGCGCCCUACCUUACAACCUGGCUGAGGUCCAGAGACAGCAGUUGGGCAGUGACAGCUCCCGCCCCGUUCUUAUCCAGGUGGCAGAGUCUAUCUACAGAUUCACUCUUGGCUCAGUUGCAGGGGCUGUGGGUGCCACAGCAGUGUACCCCAUUGAUCUGGUGAAGACGCGCAUGCAGAACCAGCGUAGCAGCGGUUCUGUGGUGGGAGAACUCAUGUACAAGAACAGCUUCGACUGCUUCAAGAAGGUGGUGCGCUACGAGGGCUUCUUCGGCCUUUAUCGAGGUCUGGUACCACAGCUACUGGGUGUGGCGCCCGAGAAAGCCAUAAAGCUCACAGUGAAUGACUUUGUGCGAGGAAAGACCAGACAGAGAGAUGGUACAGUUCCUCUGGCUGCUGAGAUCCUGGCAGGUGGAUGUGCUGGUGGAUCACAGGUGAUCUUCACAAAUCCUUUGGAGAUAGUAAAGAUCCGUCUGCAGGUGGCAGGAGAGAUCACCACGGGGCCGAGGGUCAGCGCUGUGUCCGUCAUCAAAGACCUGGGCUUCUUUGGACUUUACAAGGGUUCCAAGGCUUGUUUUCUCCGAGACAUCCCCUUCUCAGCUAUUUACUUCCCCUGCUACGCCCACACCAAGGCUUACCUCACUGAGGAGGAUGGAAGGAUAGGACCCGGCAAAAUGUUGUUUGCUGGAGCUCUAGCAGGCAUGCCAGCGGCCUCUCUGGUGACCCCAGCAGAUGUGAUCAAAACCAGGCUACAGGUGGCAGCUCGCGCAGGCCAGACCACCUACAGCGGCCUGAUGGACUGCUUCUGGAAGAUACUCAGGGAAGAAGGGCCCCGCGCCUUCUGGAAAGGAGCUGAAGCCCGAGUGUUUCGGUCCUCCCCACAGUUUGGAGUGACCCUGGUGACCUAUGAACUCCUGCAGCGCUGGUUCUACGUUGACUUCGGAGGCCAAAAGCCGGCUGGCUCUGAGCCCACCCCCAAGUCUCGGAUCAGCCUGCCGGCGCCCAACCCUGACCACAUUGGAGGCUUCAGGUUGGCCGUGGCCACAUUCGCUGGCAUCGAAAGCAAAUUUGGACUCCAUCUCCCACGCUACACUGUGGCAAUGGCAGGAGACCCUACCAAAUCAAGCGCCCCAUGAACCUUCAUGGGUAGGAGGUCUGAGACACCAACUCGUUUUUAAAAUGUUAUUUAUUUAAAAAAUUUUCUCUUCUGUUUAUAUUGACUCUAUAUGCAGUCUCAUAAAUUAACGAGGCUAUUAGCAAAGUUAGCUUUCUGUAGGACAUUGAGCUAGUCCAAAACAUGCAUAGAAGGGCUUGUAGAAAUCUUUACUUCCUUUUUAAAAAUGAAAAAAACUCUGUUUCUGUUGCAGCUUUUGCCACCGUCUUUCUUUUGUUGCUUUACUUUCAAAAGCAGAUUAUUCAUAUGAUUAUAUCAGGCUGAAGAAAGUCUGUGGCACAUAAUGUAUAUAUGAGGAAUCCAGAGACAUAUUUUCAUAUCUUUAUGGCUAUAUUAGACCCGAGUUGCUCUUUCCACAAUGCAGCCACAAGAUUACAACCAAAAAGUACUUGAAUGUAAAGAUGCAGCAUAACGUCUGACUGUAUAUAAUGUUUACUGUUGUAAGAUGUUUAGUUUUGAGUAUAAAUGUAUGCAGAUGUGUAAAUAUCUGAGACAGCUGGCACCAGAUGUAGUUUUGCGGUGUGUUACGACUGAGUAUUUAAGUUUGUACAGUGCAGAGGAUGUAGGAGUUACAUAUGGUGUGUAAUAAUUGUGCCUUACAGAACGUAUGGCAGCAACAUGUGUACUGAGAGUAAAGAGAAACUU